AUGUUGUACACAUUGCUGUUCUUAACAGUAUCCCAGUGUCCAGAAGAGCUUAGUGAUGUUACCAUUAAUAGCGAUGAUGCUGAUUAUAGUAAAUGCAACAAAAUUGGUUCAGUCACUGUGUCAGAUUCACUUACACGCAUUUCAGACAAUGCGUUUUCUGAGUCAAGUAUUACAAGCAUCACACUUUCUAACACAGUCACCUCAAUUGGAAGUAAUGCAUUCUCUAAUUGUUAUAACCUCAAGAAAGUUACAUUUGGCAGUUCAGUUAAAACCAUUGGGGAAUCUGCAUUUUUUAAUACUUCAUUAACAGAAGUUAUUAUUCCAGAUUCUGUUGAAACAAUCGGUAGGAAAGCAUUCUAUGAAUGUGGUAGUCUUGAGAAGGUUACAUUAGGCAGUUCAGUUAAAACCAUUGGUGAAUCUGCAUUUUAUAAAACUGCAUUAACAUAA